GAAAGAAGUUGUGGGAGAACGACACCCGGCCCGGCCCUGCCCUGCCCUUCACCACGCAACAAGCUUCAGUAUCACGCUAGACGCCGUACUUGGAGGUGCACGACAUGGUUGGGGUCGCACUACUGCUGGUGGCUCUGGUGGCGGGGUCCCAAGCUGAACUCGCUGGCGUCGGCCCUGGAGGAGGAGGAGGAGGAGGAGGAUAUGGUGGAUAUGGUGGAUAUGGAGGAGGAUGUUACCCACAGACGCAUUACGAGACCCAUUACCGAAAGAGACUUCAGGAGGUGCCGGUAUACGAGACAGUGGUGAGCCAGACUGUUGUUCUGCAGCCCUUUACUGAGGUCGUGUACAGCACCAUCUUCAAGCAGAACAUUCAGUACGUCACCAAGACUGAGUACGUCACCACCACUGACCACAUCACUUUGGUGUCACAUCGGUACUACACGGAGACGGUGGAGAGCGUGAUCUACGUGCCAGACUACUCCACCAGCACACGCUCCGUGACACAGUACCAACCCGUGGAGGUGACCAGCCACCUGUACACCACCGAGGUCUCCCCAUACGACUUCCCCACACCUUACGUGGAGACCAUCUACAACACCGUCACCGAUGCAGUCACCAUCACCCAUAGGAGCCAGGUGCCACACCCCACUACUUACUUGGUCACGAAGACCUACACCGACUACUACACUGAAAAGGUCACUCUAAACAAGCUGCCUUACACCGCGCCUCAGGAAAUUGUUGUUGUUACUAACAAUAUCGUCAACGUGAAGCCGACGCACGUCACGAAGACGUACCACGUCACGCAACGCAUCACCACCACCAACGUCGAGCGAGUCCCUUACACAGUGACGCACACUGUGCCUGGGCAGUGUGGCCCUUCCGGCUACUCCUACCCCGAGCCCCACAACCCUCUCCAGUACGCCGGCUCCAACGUCAACUCUGUUGUUGUAGCGGAUAGUGGCUCGCCUGUGGGAUCCGGGGUGGGUGUGGGUGCGGGGUCAGAGGAAGGUGGUGGAUACUGAUGUGAUAAAAUCAUCCAGUGGAGAGUUUCCCACUACACCACCUCCCUAUAAACAACUCAGUCCAUAACCAGUCCUGCUGGCUGUUCUUUUCUUGUGAACAAUUUAACCUUGCCCACUCCCAUGAGCCACCAUUCAUAACCUACUCGAGUGGGCAACACAAAACAGUUGUCGUCCCUAAGAGAGAACUACAGCCGCGUCCAUUAUAGCGAGUAGCCUCCUCCACACCCAUUACUGUACAUAACUCAUUUUUUCUAAUAUUGUUUCAAUACAAAGAUAAUUUCUAUUUUAAUUUGCCGGGUAUAACUCUAGAAUCGUCAGGUCUCUUCUGUCAAAGGUGAAUUUCUUUUGUAUGUUGAGGGAGCCGUCUCUUAUUUCGAUAUACAGUAUCUCUUGUAUGGCCGCUGAUGAAAAAUAUUACUGAAAAAUACUGAAAAUAACCACAAAACUCUAUCCAAUACUCAAAUAUACUUCACAAUACCUAUCACACUUCUCAAACUAUAACCUCCAGAAACUAAACUUUAAUCCAAGAAUCACACAGAAAUGACGAAACUCACACAUUUCCCUCAUUAUCAGUUUAUACAACAAUACAUACCCCAACAAAGACGUCACACACUGUUAACCAUCACCAGCCAACGAUAGAGAAAUAGAUCCACAGACAGAAGUACAUUACGUGUGUUAGUUUACAGUCGUUGUUAUAAAUAUGUAUCACCAUGUUAUUCUUCAGGUAUAUUAUUGUAUUGUAUCGUGUCGUUGUUAUUGUAAAUAUAUAAAGCUACUGA